UGCCACCCUGGCCAUGCUGCGCGGCGCCCGGGCGGUGGCUCGGGCCCUGUCCCCUGUGCCGUGUCCCCGGCGCCGCUGCCACCGGCCGUGUCCCCCCCUGCGGGACCUGGCUGUCCCCAACCCCGGCUGGAGCGAGCGCAUGCGGCGCCACCACCGGCAACAGCUGGAGCGGGCCCGGGAGGAGGGCUGGGCACGGCUGCCAUCGUACCGGCGGUACCGCCCCCAGAUGCUGGGGCUGCCCGGUGACGGUGACAGGGACAGUGACAGGGACAGGGACACGCGGCUGUUCCCGAGGGCCAUCGAGGGUGACGGGGACGGCUUCGAGUUUGUCAUGUUCCUGAAUGUCCCCAAGGGCCGCCUGCGCUGCCUGUGCCAGCUGGGGCCCUUCCUCGAGGGACACCCGGGGCUGGCCCACGGCGGUGCCAUCGCCACCCUCAUUGACACCUCCCUGGGGACGCUGGCGCUGGCGGUGGCCGGGCGGGUGGUGACAGCCAACCUCAGCAUCGACUACCUGGCGCCUGUCCCCCUGCUCUCGGUGCUCCUGCUCGAGGCGUUCCUGCAGCGCCAGCAGGGCCGGAAGCUCUUCCUGGGCUGUGACCUGUGGGACGCUGAGGGGACAACGCUGCACGCCAAGGCCACCGGGCUCUUCAUCCAGCUGGAUCCCCCCAAGGAGCCGGCACAGGGAGGGGACAGUGGCCGGUGACUGUCACCCGUGUCACCUGUGCCACCUCCUGUGCCACCCGUGUCACCUGUGCCACCUCCCGUGCCACCCGUGUGACCCUCGGUGCCCUCCCUGUCCCCCAGUGCCACCCUGGCUCUCCCUCAGCCACCCCUGGAUGUCCCCAAAUGUCCCCGCCGUGUCCCCCCCCCAUGUCCCCAAGUGUCCCCAGGGCUGUCCCCGUGCCCAUCACGGC